GAAGUGGAUGAAGGCGGCUGCGAGGGGUACUGCUUGCAACGUCAUUGGCAGCUACUAUUGCAAGUGUCCUGAGGGCAGUAGACUGGGGCCGGACGGCAAAGCAUGUCAUGAUGUAGAUGAAUGUGAGGAGCUGAAUGGAGGAUGCCAGCAAACAUGUGUCAACACCCUGGGCUCAUACCACUGUGAGUGCAGCGAAGGCUUUCGCAUGCACACUGAUGGUCGGACCUGCAUUGCGGUAAACUCCUGUGCAGUGUUGAACGGAGGUUGUGAACAUAAGUGUGUGGACAUGGGAAACAAUCACUACAAAUGUGAGUGUCGAAAGAACUACCAGCUGAGGAGAGAUGGACGACACUGUGAAUUGAGGAACCCCUGCGAGGAGAGGAAUGGAGGCUGUACCCAGCUGUGUCUUUCAGAAGAAGGCCGGGUUCAGUGCAGCUGCAGAACUGGCUUUACCCUGGCUAGAGAUGGCAAGAACUGUGAGGAUAUUGAUGAGUGUCACUCAGGCCUUGCCAAAUGUGCCCACGGUUGUGUAAACAUGCUGGGUUCUUUCAGCUGUGUGUGUCAUCCAGGAUUCGAACUCGGUGCUGAUGGAAAACAAUGCUAUCGCAUUGAGAUGGAGAUCGUCAACAGUUGUGAGAAGAACAACGGAGGAUGCUCUCAUCACUGUGAACACACCACCAAUGGACCCCUCUGCUCCUGUAACCAAGGUUACCAACUAGACCAGGACAGGAAGACCUGUGUAGAUAGUGAUGAGUGUACCAGUGGGCAGUCCUGCUGCAGUCACUUCUGUAGAAACUACCCCGGCGGUUACGAAUGCAGCUGCAGAGCCGGCCACAGACUCAACCCAGAUGGCUGUGGCUGUGAUGACAUUGACGAGUGCUUGGUGGAGACUUCAGGCUGUGAACAUUACUGUGUCAACACUCUGGGUACUUACGAGUGUUUCUGUCGAUUGGGCUUCCGUUUGGAUCAGGACCAGCACUCCUGCAUCUCUCUCUAUGGCAGAGAACUAGAAGAAGAAGAAGAGGAUGAGGAAGAGGAUGAAGAGCAGCUGGAGGUCCACAGACUACCAGACUUACUGUUCCGCAGUGAACCUCAGCUCCUUCGGUACACGGCAGCACUGCACACCCGUUACAGCAGUGAUGAGGAUGAGGAUGGUGACAGUGAGAAAGAGUUAGAGUUCCAAAGGGGGCGUCGAGGAGAACUAAGAUUCAACAGCCAAAUAGUGUGUCUGGAUGGUUCAUUUGGGGAAGACUGCACUGUGAGCUGUGAAGACUGUUUGAAUGGAGUGUGUAGUGAAAAUAAAGAUGGCUGUGAAUGUUCCCCUGGAUGGACAGGGAUCAUCUGUAAUGACACUUGCCCACAGGGGACUUAUGGACAGGCCUGUAACAGUCUGUGCCGGUGUCAGAAUGGAGGCUCGUGUGAUCCUGUGACCGGGAAGUGUUUGUGCCCUCCUGGGGUUCAGGGCUUAUUCUGCGAGGAUGGUUGUCCAAGGGGAUAUUUUGGGAAAUACUGUAGAAGAAAAUGCAACUGUCCCAACAAUGGACACUGCCAUCGCCUGUUUGGAGCUUGCUUGUGCUCACCGGGAUUAUAUGGACGCUUCUGCCACCUACCAUGUCCCAGGUGGACGCACGGUGCGGGCUGUUCCAAGGAAUGCGACUGUGUUCAAGAACAUUCCACUGGCUGUGACCCCAAAACAGGGAGCUGUUUCUGUAAGCCUGCAUACCACGGCCCACAGUGUGAGAAAGAGUGUGAGUUUGGCUUCUUUGGUGCAGGCUGUGAAAAGCCAUGUGACUGUCCAGGUGGAGGGUCAUGUGACCCCAGAACUGGAGAGUGCAGACAACGAUGUCCUGCAGGCCUUUACGGAGAUCGAUGCCAGCUGGCCUGUCGAGCAGGGAGCUAUGGAGAGAACUGCCGUCUGACCUGUAACUGCAAAGGAGCUCCUUGUAACCCCAUAACCGGACGAUGCAUCUGUCCAGCUGGAAAGACAGGAAACCAUUGUCAGGAAGACUGCCCUGCUGGAUUGUGGGGGUUGAAGUGCCAGUCGUCUUGUCCUGCCUGUGAGAAUGGAGGCUCCUGCAACAAAGAGACCGGUGUCUGUGACUGCACACCAGGGUUUACUGGGGACCUUUGCCAAAAUAGGUGUCCUACAGGAUACCACGGACUGGGCUGUUCAACUCACUGUUCGUGCCACUCAGAUGCCACUUGUGACCCACAGACUGGACGCUGUUUCUGCCCUCCUGGAAAAAAAGGCCAUGAUUGUGCAACAGCGUGUGAAUCUGGUUACUGGGGUCAAGGUUGCCUCAGUAAAUGUCAGUGCAAAGAAACUUCUGUGGGUUGUGACACCGUCAGCGGUCAGUGUGUGUGUGAGGCCGGCUUCACUGGAGACCACUGUGAAAACAAGUGUGUAAAUGGCAGCUAUGGGCAGGGCUGUGCUCAGCAGUGUCAGUGUCAGAACGGAGCAUCAUGUGACCAUGUGAGCGGAGCCUGCACAUGUUCUCCUGGAUACGCUGGAACCUUCUGUGAAAAAAUGUGCCCGGACGGCUUUUACGGUCUUGACUGUGGCCAGAUGUGCGAGUGCAGGAACGGUGCCCGCUGCCACCACAUCACAGGAGCCUGCCUAUGCACCGCCGGCUGGGCAGGACCACACUGCAUUCUGGCAUGCCCGGAGGGUCGUUUUGGGGAGCAGUGCAGUCAGACCUGUGAGUGUCAGAAUGGAGCCAGGUGUGACCACGUCACCGGCCGCUGCAGCUGCACGGCGGGUUGGACUGGAGUCAGCUGCCAAAUACGUUGCCCUGCGGGACAAUAUGGGGAACACUGUUCUGGCCAGUGUCUGUGUCAGAACGGAGGCUCCUGUGACAGUGUGAGCGGUCAGUGCUUCUGUCCACCCGGCUGGUCUGGAGCCGCCUGUGAGUUAGAGUGUGAGGAGGGACAUUAUGGACAGAACUGUACCAACACCUGCAGCUGUAUGAACGGAGGCAGAUGUGAUAGAAGGACAGGAAGAUGUUUCUGUCAGCCCGGUUGGACGGGAGAGCUCUGUCAGUCAGUGUGUUCUAAGGGAUUCUUUGGAGGGGGCUGUGAGCAGAGGUGUGACUGCGUCCAUAGUUUGCGUUGCCACCCUGUGACAGGCCGCUGUGACUGUGAGCCAGGCUGGAGAGGAGCCAGGUGUGACAAACCCUGCCUUCCAGGGUCCUAUGGUGUUUCCUGUGCCCAGCAGUGCCAGUGCCAGGCUGGGGUGUCCUGUCAUCAUGAGACAGGGAUUUGUGGCUGCCCAGCUGGACUCACAGGACCUGGCUGCGAGAAAACCUGUCCUGCUGGUAUGUAUGGGCAGAACUGCAGUCAGCUGUGUCAGUGUUCAGGAGAUCAGGAGCAGUGUCAUCCUGUGACUGGACAGUGUACCUGUCUACCUGGAUACUAUGGAGCGCGCUGUGAGAUACGAUGUCGAGCAGGGACAUUUGGGCCGAACUGUAAGUCCAGAUGCAGCUGUAUGAAUGGAGGUAGAUGUGACUUCAGGACCGGUGUUUGCCAUUGUCCUCCUGGCUUCAUAGGAGCAGACUGCAGCUCACGAUGUCCAAAUGGGUACCAUGGGAAGGACUGUGUGAAGCAGUGUUCCUGUGGGGAAGGAGGACAGUGUCAUCCAACAACUGGAAGGUGCAUCUGUGCUCCUGGUAGGAUGGGCCAGUCCUGCCAACAAGCAUGUCCAAGGGGCCGCUAUGGUCUGCAGUGUAGAAAUACAUGCAGCUGCCAGAACCAGGGUCUGUGCAAUCCUGUCGAUGGAUCCUGCAAGUGUAGACUGGGCUGGACUGGACCCCGCUGUGACACAGCCUGUUUACAGGGAAAAUAUGGAUUUGAUUGCACUCAUGAGUGUCAGUGCCUCCACAACGCGACCUGCGACCGUUUUACAGGCGCCUGCAGCUGUACUGCUGGAUACUACGGCCACUCCUGUCAACACAGAUGCCCGUCUGGGUUUUUUGGAGUCAGCUGUGCCCAUAUGUGUGACUGUAAAGUGGGACAGUCUUGUGACCAUGAGACUGGUCAGUGUGUUUGUCCACCAGGCUACUAUGGGCCACAAUGCCAAAGACGAUGUGAUACGGGCAGGUUUGGACCCAGCUGUGCUAAGUCAUGUGACUGUGCUGGUGAGGCUCCAUGUGACCCACUGACAGGACGCUGCCUCUGCCCCCCAGGACGGACAGGACAGAGAUGUGAAAAAACCUGUGGUGGAGACCGUUUCGGCCCCGACUGCUCCCUGCUGUGUCAGUGCUCCCACGGGGCCCACUGUGAUGGGCUGAGUGGGCGAUGUCUGUGCCCACUCACCUGGCUGGGCCCCACCUGUAGUGAAGCGCUGCUACACCAAAUCCGAAGGCCGCUGAACUUCUCUGUGUCCCAGAGAAAGAGAAGAACAGGCAGCAAAACCACAUAAUCCAAACAGAGGUGCAAACUCCUGAGUGGACGUUCAGACAAAAGGCUCAGCUCCGCAACUGUUACUCAGAACGCCCUAGUAAAGGUGACGUUGUAAAUACUGUGUCUUUGUGAAAGUGGUACUCAGCUGUCAGAAACUGGCACUGAGCCUGGAGCCUGAAACAGUGAUUCAUUGGACCUGGCAUGUGAGCGCUCCUCAAAGGAUGAACUGAAGCAGACCCAACUGUCUGGGAUACACAGAUGUCAUAGGUGUAAAUACCAAAAAUACCGGCAUCACUUUUAUUGUUACAGCUUAACCGUUCACGUUGUCACGAGUUCCAUGUCAUUUUUUUCACCAGGUUUCAUGUGGAUGUUUGAAAAGAUGAGGUGACAGAGUUUCUUGUCACUACAGAAGCUUUACAACCACUAGCACAUUUUUUAUCCAUCACUGUACAUGACUUCAGAGUUUUUAACAUUAGAUGGAAGUUACUUGGUGAUUAGGUUUACCACAUAUAAAUAUAUUCAUAAAUAUACUGGGACAUACACUGUUGCCCACAAAGUUGGAAUAAUUAGAUUUUCAGACACAUUCCUCUUUUUAUUUCUAUUUAUACCCAUCAGUGAUCACCUUCGACCAAGUGCAAGUCCAAGUUACUCUGUAUCUAUCAAGAAUAAGGCUGAACCCCAAUUCACCCCUUACCCCUACCCCUUCGUUGCAUACACAUGAAGGGGUAGGGGUGUCCUGAUUCUCAAUUAGAUGGAGGGGAGGGGCUAAGGCUGCUGUGUAGCCCUCUAAAUGGAGAUAUUUCAGGACCACACUACGAACA